AUGAAACAUAACACUAUCUUAAUAAUAUAGAAUGUAAGUAUUAUUAGAAUUUAUUAGUAUGGAUUAUGCAAUAAAUAUUAGAAUUAUUCUAAAAUUGAAUCAAAGAUAGGCAGAUUAUUUAUAUUUUAAUUUACAUAUAAAUAUUGA